GAUGUCAACAAAAACGUUAAUUUUAACUGUCUGACACGGGAAGAUUCUGUGGGGCCAACAAAACGAUAUGAAGUACAAUUACUUAGAUAUUGGUUAGAUGGCAUUCCAAUUUGAGUGUAAAGAAGAAGGAGUCUUUGAUUUUAAUUGGGAAUUGCACCUUUCGCCUCUUGAUAUUAAAAUCCCAUUUAUAUUUAUUGGUACAUAUAAAAAUCCGCGAAUAAUGCUUUGUCGUUCUUCAGUUGAUUUUGGCAAAACGAUUGCUGGAAAGAAACUCACAGCAAAAAUAAAAAUAACGAACCUUGAAGAUUUUCCACAAGAAUUUAUGAUAGACAAGGCCUCCUGUUUCAGCAAAAGUUUUUUGUCAUCAUUAAAUAUUUCACCAGAAAGCGGAUUGAUACUUCCAAACUCUAGUAACGAGUUAGAUGUGAGUUAUUGUCAUGAUCAAGCCAUAAACAUGAACAUAAAUGCUCUGGUUCAUGUAAAAAACAAGACAGCUCCACUUCGACUCAAUGUAAAGGCUCAAAUUUCAAAAAUUGAAUGUCUGAUGAUCUUGGAAAAUGAAGAUAAACAAAGAUUUACUCUAAAAGAAAACGAAAUGAAUUUAUUUGAAAUAGAUCAAGUUUGGCUGUUUACUAUUUUUAAGUUUUCAAUUGGAAAAACGAUAGUCUACACCUUUUAUCUUACGAACAAAAGCAACUUUUUGAUUGAAUACAAAUGGAAUCCGAAAGAUGAAGUUGAGAACGAGUGUUUCAAAAUCUACCCUCCUUCCGGGACUAUUGGAGCCUAUGAAGAAACAACAAACCAUUUACUUUUGAGGUCCACAGAAAUCGUGAAUGGGCCUUCAUAUAAACUUGGAAUAAUUUUAAAAUCGAAAAUUCCAGGAAUUCACUUUUCAUUUCUUUCCUAUGACUUUGGUCUUUGCUAUAUCCAUUCUUGUGGAAACACAAUAAAAGACACCGAACUUUUACUUUACAACAAUGAAAAGACGAAUAUUAGUGUCCGUGUGUUACCAACUCACGACUCCAGUUUUGAUGUUCAAUUUGAAUCAGAAUUGAUUAAUUCAGAUCAGGAGGUCAAAGUACCUAUUUACUUCCGUCCUAACAAAUCUGGAAAAUUCUCAGAAUCUCUAAUUUUCGAAAUAAAUGGCGUAUAUAAACGAACAAUCGAAUUAGUUGGCAAGGCUGUCGAUUUAAAAAUAGAAGCCUUAAACUUGUGUGACAAAACUCUAAAGUUUGGAGCCAUACAAGUCGGUCAAGUCAAAAAGAAAAAUGUAAUGUUACUUAAUAAAACGUGCAAACCCGUAAAAAUGAAACUGAGUUUGAUAACUUCGCGAUCGACUGCGUUCCAGCGCGGAAUUCUGGAGGUAAAACCAUCGGAAGAUAUUGUAAUGGAUGCAAAGACAGGAAAAGUCAAUGUAUCUGUUCUCUUCUGUCCUAAAAACAGAGUUUCUGAGUUUGUUGACGAAGUAUAAACAUCUUUGCCCACAAUUUAGGUGCUGGUGGAAGUAGAAAAUAUUGCUUUUGGAGUAUUUUAUGUGACAGGACGGGCUAUUUCUUCGGAAGUUGUUCUCAAUACUUACAAUAUUGCAAUGGGUAAAAUCACUCUUGGUAGUUUAAUCGAAAAAAAAUGUAA